AUGGCCACCGACGCCGCACCAGGACCCCCGCCAGACCCCGCGCCGCCCGACCCGGGCCCGCCGCCGCCGUCGUGCGCGGCAGUCCCGCCGCUGCAUCCGUCGGCCGCGAGCGCUGCGCCGGCUGCUGCAGUUGGCGGCGGCCGCCCAGAUGAGAAGCCAGCCGCCGCCCUGGCCCCUGGGCCUGGCCCUCUCCUCCUGACCCCCCGGCCCUACCAAGAGGACCUCAUCCAGACGGCCCUGAGCCGCAACACGCUGAUCGUGCUCGAGACAG